AUGCGAAGAGUUUUCGUUUUGUUUUUCGUACUUUUUUCCAAUGCAAAAGAGAUAAACCAGACAGAAGUCAAUGUUGCUCGUGAUGCUGUGCAAAGAAGGCCAGAGCUGAAUAUUGACCUUGAAUGUGAGGAAAUCAACGAAGAAGAAGAGACGGUAACAGACUCAGAAGGAGUGGCUGUGAGACUCAAUCUCAGAUGCUUUUCGAAGGGUUUUAAUAUGACAAGCGAAAACAAACAGGUCCUUGGAAAUAUUCUUGAAAAUCUUAACGAAUUGAAAAACUCGACGGGGGAAAACUCAACGAUUUCUGACUUGAAAAUUUCAAAAGAAAUUUUGAAUGAAAGAAUUCAAGAAUUUCAAACAUUGAGCCGGGAAGAGAAAGUCGAAAAACUUGCGAAUAUGUGCUGGAAAAUGCUUGUCUCCUACUCCGAAUUGCCAAGGCAAAUUCGACAUGCGCAGGCGAAAAGAUGUCAUCGAUGUCGAAAUUUCAUCAAAAUUUACAAGGAAAAGCAAGAUCUCAAGCACUUUGCAUCCAUUCCACGCUGUCCGUCAUUGCAACGGACUUUUGGCGCGAAAAAUCUCCGGCGAGAGCAGUCGAAGUCAACUUCAGAUUCAGAAGGAAUUGUUGGGCGAGGACCGAGGCCGAAAUGGGUUCCUACAACCACAACAACAACGACUGAAAAAAGUUCUUGGGGAACAUCAACUAUUUCAACAACAACCACCACAAGAACAGAGCAGAAACUGUCAACAAAGUCAACAAAGAUGAUAAGAAAAACCUCCCCAACCUUCAGACCAACAAGCAGAACGACCGGAAAGCCAACAACAACCACAAGCAAACGAACCACUAUUUCCACGACAACAACGACAACUUCAACAGCCACGACAACAACAACCAUACAAACAACCAAAACAACGACCACAACAACGACCACAACGACGACCACAACAAGUUCACCAAAUGAUGAUUCAGAAGGCUUCUUUGACUAUUUCUCGUCAGAUUCAAGUAGUUAUCGAGGCCGAAGUUUGCAUGAUAUGGAUAAUGAAUGCGAGCAAUUAUCAUCUUUUAUGACAGAUUCUGUUUGGCUGACCUGGAGCUCUUGUGAUAAAAAAUGCAAUGGUGGUGUUCGAACUCGGCAGAGAUGCAAGAAUGGGGAAGUAGAGGAAAUAUACGACUUUGAACAAUGCAACUCGGAGCCAUGCAAAGUUCCUGAUAUCGGUUGGUCUAUGGCGCUAGAAAAUGGAGAUCAUGGAAGAAUCGUGAUGAUAAAUCAUUCUUACCGAAAAGUCGGGACUCUGUGCAAAAACUCAAAUGAUCGACGAAUCAGAUCUAUUCAUGCGGACGAUCUUUGCAAGGAAAUGGGCUUCAAGGGAUCAAAAAGCCGCCGAGAAUACUUUGGAGCUGCUUUGCAAAUGAUCUCAAAACUCGAUUCUUCUAAAAUUCAUCGUCUUCCUUUCUUGGCAAAUGGAUACGCUAAAGAGAGCUUCAAUCAAAUCUACCAGCUCAGAAAGUCUGACCGAGCUUUUAGAGAUAUAAAAGAGGGCGAACUUGGCUGCAUAAUGGGAAAAACUGAUGUGAUUCUCAGCUGCGAAAAGGUCGAUGAUAGAGUGAGUAGAAGGUUCGACGAGGCAAGUUGGUCAGAAUGGACAGCUUGGGGAACUUGUGAGAAUGAUUCUAGAAGUAGAUACAGAAUUUGCCGCGAUGAAAAUAAACUUCCUGCAAGAUCACAAAUUGCAAGAACCCUCCACAAAUGCCCAAUCUCUCAACUCUCCGAUUUCUACGAAGAAGAAUCCUGCGAGAGCCCAAAAAGCCUGUUCGACUUCAGCCUCUAUGAUUUCUCCCAAUACGAAAACCUCGAUUAUUACUCCAGCUCAUAUUCCUCAAGCUACGAAAUGUCCGAACUGACAGUUGACGAAAGUGACUACAACUACGAAACUGUCAAAGUUCAGCGAAAAGUCCAAAAGACCACAAUCACUCGAACGAACGAAUAA